CUUUUUUAGCGUAACACUCCGAUGAUAUAAAUAUAUAAAGCUUGGACUGCAGCGGCAUAACGUUUCUACUUUUUUCGCUACUUUUUCACACUUCAAGUUAUCUUAUAAAAACAACUAUCAUCAUGUCUGGAGGAAAAUCUGGAGGUAAAUCUGCUGCUGGUGCCAAGUCCCAAACCCGUUCUGCCAAGGCCGGUCUUCAAUUCCCUGUUGGUCGUAUCCAUCGUUUGUUGCGUCGUGGCAACUAUGCUCAACGUGUGGGUGCUGGUGCUCCCGUCUACUUGGCUGCUGUCCUCGAAUACUUGGCUGCUGAAAUCCUUGAAUUGGCCGGUAACGCUGCUCGCGAUAACAAGAAGUCUCGUAUCAUUCCCCGUCACUUGCAAUUGGCCAUCCGUAACGACGAAGAAUUGAACAAGUUGUUGGGUCAUGUCACCAUUGCUCAGGGUGGUGUCCUCCCCAACAUUCACGCCACUCUUUUGCCCACCAAGACCAAGAAGGGCGGUGCUUCCCAGGAACUCUAAAUCUCUCAACCUCUUUUUCUUUCCGCAGUUUUAUGUUUUUACAUGUUUUCUCAAUAUUCCCUUACGUUUCUUUGUUGCCCUUUUUCUUAUCGAAAAUGAAAGUUGAUCCAAGAGUGCAAGAAGCCAAGCAGAUAUGUUUGUACAAAUAAUGAAACCUGUUCACUCUCGUCGUUUCCUUGGAUCCCUUCUUCAGUCGUUCCCUUUUUUUUAUUCUUUUUCCUUUGGUUUCUCUUGUAAAUAUAGCGAUGUUCAAAUGUCAAUUAAAACAAAGAAAAAAAACUCAUGAAAAAACAACUACUACAAGUCCAAUAUAUAAAAGUGUGCAUU